UCUCUCUUUCGUCCUUUUUUUUUUCUCCUUUCCUCCUCUGUGGCGGCUCUAAGCUUUUCGGUACCAAGCUUCACGCUCGAUACAGAAACCCUAACUGCUCGUACUGUACAUAACCAAACCGCAUAUUAGAGCUUCGGCGACACAGCAAUGGAGGUUUCGCUAGGGCACAAGCGCAAGCAACAGGAGUUCUCUUUGGUCUCAAUCUCGCAUCUCUCCCCUUCUUCUUCUUCGACUUCUCCUUCUCCUCCAGUGGUCGCUUGCUUCAGUGCCGAUUCUUUAGAGCUUCGAUUCCAGCAGGAUUCUGACUCCUCUGAUGUCAUUAAGUUUGAUCUCCAAGCUGCUCAGGUAUUCAAGCUAGGCCCUGUCCAAUCUGUUUGCAUGUCUGAAGGUUCUGAAGCUGCAAAAGAGAAAUCCUAUUCAAGGGGAAUCGUGAUUGAAUUUAACAAUGAGGAGCAGAGCAAGGCCUUUCAUUGUGCGUUUGAGCAAUGGAAGAAGGAAGCUUUUGUUCAAGAAGCACGAUUACCAAAUGGAACUGUUUCAACUUCUAAAAGCAAGUUUGAUGAUAAGAUAGAGGCAUCUUCUGCAAAAAUGUACUUCCAUUACUAUGGGCAGUUGCUACAUCAGCAAAAUAUGUUACAAGAUUAUGUGAGAACAGGAACCUAUUUUGCUGCAGUUAUUGAGAACCGUACAGAUUUUACUGGUCGGGUGGUCGUUGAUGUUGGUGCUGGUAGCGGUAUAUUGUCGUUAUUUGCAGCCCAGGCUGGCGCCAAACACGUGUAUGCUGUGGAAGCAUCUGAAAUGGCAGAAUACGCACGUAAACUUAUUGCUGGAAACCCAUCACUGGGUAAACGGAUUACAGUAGUGAAAGGUAAAGUCGAGGAUGUUGAAUUGCCUGAGAAAGCAGAUAUUCUGAUCUCUGAGCCAAUGGGCACUUUGUUAGUCAAUGAAAGAAUGCUGGAGUCCUAUGUGAUUGCAAGAGAUCGGUUCUUGAUUCCUGAUGGAAAAAUGUUUCCUGGAAUUGGAAGGAUACAUAUGGCACCAUUCAGCGAUGAAUACUUAUUUAUUGAAAUUGCGAAUAAGGCUCUUUUUUGGCAGCAGCAAAGCUAUUAUGGGGUUGAUCUGACUCCCUUGUAUGGAUCUGCAUUCCAGGGAUACUUUUCUCAGCCAGUAGUAGAUGCUUUUGAUCCAAGGUUAUUGGUGGCCCCUUCUAUAUCUCACACUAUAGAUUUCGCUAAAAUAAAGGAAGAAGAGUUGUAUGAAAUUGAAAUCCCACUGAAGUUCACAUCCCUUGUGGGUGCUAGAGUGCAUGGAUUAGCUUGUUGGUUUGAUGUGUUGUUUAAUGGGAGUACUGUACAAAGAUGGCUUACCACUGCCCCUGGUGCCCCAACAACCCAUUGGUACCAAUUACGUUGUGUUCUAUUGCAACCACUUUAUGUCAUGGCAGGACAAGAAAUAACUGGCCAACUUCGCUUGGUUGCUCACAAUGCUCAAAGUUAUACAAUACAUUUGACGAUGGGAGUUAAAAUGUGGGGCCCCGGUGCUGAACAAGGGGAAGUUCUGCAGUCAUCAUCUUGCAAACUUGAUCUUAAAGAACCCUAUUAUCGGAUGUCUCAGCCACAGGCCUAUACAGUGGCCCCGGAUCAGCAACAACAUCCACUAAUACACGCACAGGAUAUACAUAUUCAAGGCCAGGAUGCAGAUGAGCCUGACGUUGAGCUCCAAUGAACCCACUGAUAAAAAAUUGCUCAAUCACUGGAGGUUUGCAAGGAAGCUUCUAACAGGAUCCCAUGUUUGUAACAUAACAGCAUUACCCUAGAGGAUUUGCAUCAAUCCUCCCAGCUUGUUUAACACUACACCACCCUAAUUGGUGCCGAUACCUGGUAUAGUACACCAUCAUUCCAUUGUUUAAUUGCUUGAGUGGUUGCGGAGGCGGAUUGGCGCCAAUGUUAUCAUAAGAUAUAUAACAAUGCAUAAUAAACAAUGCUUCAUGGUGCAAAAUUCUGGAAAUUACUAAGCUUCUCUGCUCUGGGUUCAAUUUUAUGGUAUUUCCUGUAUUGGGAUUUUGGUU